UCAAGUCAAACUGGCAGUAAUGGUAAACUGGUAAACUGCUUUGUGUUAAUUCAUAUAGAUCUGUUUGCUUUGUAACUUGUUAGUUUAUUUGGCCAAAUUGAUUCGAAAAUACAUAAUCAAGAAUUUAUUGGUCAUAUAUUUGUAAUAUGUGAUAAUUUUUUUCUAGUCCAUGAGUGUUCAAAAUAAGUGAUAGGUAUUUUUAAACAAGAAUCAUGUGUCGAAAAAUAUUUUUGAAGAUACUGCUGCUUGUAUUGAUACUAAUGUUUGUCUCAAUAGAGAGCAAGAAGCAGAAAACAGCAGUAAUAAGUGAAAUAAGUGAUAUCAAAGAGUUUAAGAAGUUGCUGAGGACAAAAACAAAUGUUUUGGUGCUAUUUAUUAAUGAACCCAAAUCAUCACAUUCACUAGUGGAAGUUUUUAAAGAUACAGCUGAUGUUAUGAGAGGGCAGGCAACUCUAAUUUUUAUGGAUUGUAGUAAUAGUGAAACAAGAAAAUUAUGUAAGAAAAUGAAGGUGCCUGCAGAUAAGCCUUACUGUAUAAAACAUUACAAAGAUGGAGACUUUAACAAAGAUUAUGACAGAAGUGAAACUGUUAGUUCAAUGGCUAACUUUCUCCGAGAUCCAACUGGAGAUCUACCUUGGGAAGAGGACCCAUCUGCCACGGACAUUUUCCAUCUCAGUGAUGGGGAGGCACUCACAAAAUUCCUGAAGAAAGGGCCUGGUGCAUAUAAAAGAUCUAUGAUAAUGUUCUAUGCUCCGUGGUGUGGCUACUGCAAAACAAUGAAGCCUGAGUAUGUGAGUGCUGCUGCUGAUUUAAAGGGCGAGUCUAUAUUGGCUGCGAUUGAUGUUGCUAAACCAGGCAACUCAAAAAUUAGACAAAUAUACAAUAUUACUGGCUUCCCAACACUGCUGUACUAUGAAAAGGGCCAAUACAAAUUCCCAUACAACAGCGAGAACAAACGACAAGCUAUUGUGGACUUUAUGAGGGAUCCAACAUUACUCAUGCAUCAAAAAAAGAAGGAGGUAGUAGACGAGAGCUGGUCUCCAGAUACUGACGUCGUCCAUCUAACAGGGGAUAGUUUUGACCAAGCUUUAUCGAGAGCGGAACAUGCUCUGGUAGUAUUCUACGCGCCGUGGUGUGGUCAUUGUAAACGCAUAAAGCCUGAAUUUGAGAAGGCAGCUACAAAAAUAAAGGCGGCAAAACUGCCAGGAAUCCUAGCUGCAGUGGACGCCACGAAACAGCCUGAGCUGGCGGCGCGUUUCGGAGUAAAGGGUUACCCCACGCUGAAAUACUUCAACUUCGGCGAGUACAAGUUCGAUGCGAGUCACGCACGACAGGAGGAUCAGAUUAUCAACUUUAUUAAGAAUCCGCAAGAGCCGCCGCCGCCCCCGCCGCCGGAGCGACCGUGGUCAGAGGAAGAGAGCCCCGUGCGCCACCUCACCACAUCCACCUUCCGUAACACGCUACGCAAGAUCAAGCACAGCAUCGUCAUGUUCUACGCACCAUGGUGUGGCCAUUGUAAAAGUACAAAGCCGGAGUUCGUAAAAGCCGCCGAGAAAUUUGUCGAUGAACUUAUAGUGUUGUUCGGUGCUGUGGAUUGUACCGCGGAGCAAGAGUUGUGCGCGCAAUACGACGUCAAGGGAUAUCCCACUAUAAAAUACUUCAGCUACUUUGAUAAACAGGUCAAAGAAUACUCAGGCGGCAGAAAAGAGGCGGAUUUGGUGUCUUACAUACACAGUCAGAUGGGUGACCACGAGACGUUACAAAAGGCGAAAACGACGCAGGAUGCUGGCUUCGGAGGCAGCGUGGUUCUGGCCUUUGAUAAUGACUUCGAACAAGUUAUUGCCGCGCCGACACCCACUUUUGUCAUGUUCUAUGCCAGUUGGUGUGGGCACUGCGUAUCAGCAAAACCAGCGUUCAGCAAACUGGCAACAUCGCUGAAGUCAGAGAAGUCGCCGGUGAAAGCGAUCGCAGUGGAUGCGGCGGAGAAUCCUAAAGUUGCCGACUUUGCCGGCAUACAAACACUGCCCACGUUCAAACUAUUCGCAGCGGGCAAACAUGUCGCCGACUACGAAGGGGACCGGUCCAUGGAAGACAUGCUUAACUUCUGCCGCUCUCACGCAAAGGUGAAAGACGAAUUGUGAUCUUCGUAGUGAACCAUAGUUUAGUUUACACUCAUCACAGUUUACUUCAUUAUAUCACAAUAUACGCCACUAUUUGCUACCGCUUUUGUACGUUAAAAUUUUAAAAUUCCUUUAUGAUCACGUUUCUAUUCGAUCUAUAAAGGGAUCUUUUUAAACAUAUUAUAUUAAAAUAGUUAAGAACCCAGUAACGUUAGUUCAAUAUAUUUUUAUACUCAUUUUAGUUAAAGUUUGCUGUAAUAAUUAUAUUUAGAGAUAAUAUAUACUUAUAUAGAUAUCGGCACAUAUCAUAUUUAUUAUUUUCAUAUUAUUACUUCAAUGCUGAUGCGGAAAUAGUAGUGGUAAAUUGUAUUAACGGUCGUUAUCGAGCUAUUCGUUGAAUGAGGUAUAAUUCACUCUACCAUUGGUAAAUUAGUGUAUUUUAACGUCAUAGAAUGUUACAAAUUAAUUUAAGAUUAGCAACAGUUGAUGUGGAAUCAAAUCGACGAUACUAAACUCUUCACCAUAAUUAGUUAUGUGCCGACCGAUAUAUAUUUAAACUUAUACUAUUACAAGGGGCCUGUGAAAUCUUUGCACAAGAAAGAAAAGAAAAAAAAUGGAUAUAAUAUGAUGUACCCGAGGAUUUAUUAGAUUUUGGGGACUGUGAGAUAAUAUGAUACUUUUUGUGAGGUUUGAUUUUACGUAAUGUGUGUGUCGAUUUGUAUAGGGUAAACCAACCCAACCAGCCGAUUUUUAUAGGUUUAACCUAGAGACGGCGUAGAGACGCCACACGCUAUUUUGUCAGUGCGUAGCAAGCACGUAACGCACCACGUCGCGUUUAAUACAAUAAAAAUUGGCAUACAGUAUUCUGUGAAAUUAACGUGGUACGGUAUUCCAUACCACGUUCAUUUCACGAAGGUAACGUAACACGGUCGCGUUACGUUCGCACUGUCAGAGAAUAAUCCCCACGAUAAACAUAUUUGCCUCCCUGGGAUGAAGGUAUUAUCUAAUGUUAUCCAUGCGAAGUUGUUACUGGCCGCUGGUUAUUAUUAAAACGUAGUUUAAAUAUACUAAUCACUUUAGCUCUCAUUUUCUGUAUUGGGAGUGGGUGUAAUCCGAUUUUUCGAAUAUGAAAUUAAGAGAAAAGGGACCUUUGUGUUUGUGUACUUAAGCAAUAAUUAUACACUGGUCAACAGUGGUUUUAUUACACUAUUAAGGAUUCUGGGGUCACAUGAUGUGUCUAUGCGGGAAAUCAGUACACUGAAAACCAUUUUUAACUUGACAACUAACACAAUAAUAAUUCGUGAUUUAAAGACCCUACUUAAAGUGUUGAUUAUGUUAUAUAUAAAAUACGCCAAAAUCAUAAAAACCAGGGUCAACUUAGAACUUUAAUGAGUGUACUCAAAAACUGGGGUCUUGAAAACAUAUAAAUCUGCAGGGCAUCAACAAAAAUAUUUGUUUUUGUUGAGCUGUGUUAUGGUUAUACAAAAAGUACUUUGAUAUUUUAAAAAUUGUGUAAUAUUUUAAAAAUGUCUGAUAACUAAAUUAUAAUAUAUGUAUAUUAUCGUAGGGACUGCCGCCUUCUUAGCUGGCUAGUCUUGCAUUGUAUUCUUCAAGUGUUUGUGAAAAAUCGGUUUAUACUGUAACUGUAUUAAUGUAAUUUGUAAUAGAUGAUAAUAAUUCCCAAUCGAGUAGGUAGUCUUGUUCGCAAUGAGUUAACAUGGGAUUUUAUUGUAAUGUUUGAUAUUGAGGUACUUAUAAGGUAAACAAUGAUCUUUAAAUCCAUAUCUAUUUACACGUGUUAAGACGAGGCCGAUUUCGAGAUGGCUAUGGAAUAAUAAUCAUCGUUUUUAAAAGCCUUAAAGAAUUCAUUUUUUUAUUCUGUGAACACAUAUUGUGUGAAUGUUUUAUUUAAUUUCUGUGAAAUUACGAUAAGUUUUAGUAUUUAACGCACGUCAUUUUUAUGAAAGUUUUAUUUAAUACUAUUCCUGACUGACUCACGAAUCCGCAGUAUUUUUUUUUAAAUUAAUGCUUAGUCUAGGGUGCAACUCCGUGAGAAAUGUUAUUGGGAUAUGACACAUUAAAGUGCUAGGUUGCACAGGUGCAUAAUAUCACUACACGCGUUACACGUAUCUGCUAUUUUCGGCAUCGUUUUGAAAUGCGGGGCGCGCAAGCUGCUCAGUGCACAGUAAGUAGUAAUUAGAAUAGUAAGGAUGCUGAAGUAUGUACUCCGUAAAGUAGGCGAGUGUUACUAACAAAAGUAUGAUGACUAGAUCGCAUAUGUGUCGAAUUUGGCCUCGUCGUUGUUACGAAUUAAAUAUGUUUAUCCCAAGAGUUACGUAGUUUAACUAUAGUUUGAAUAAUGACAAUACUAUGAAUUUUUAUUAUACCCUAUAAUUAAAUAUUUAUACAUUCCUUGUACUUAUCACAAACUUUUGGUACUUGAUUGCAGGCUUAAAUGUGAUCAUUUAUCAUAAACACUUACCUCGUAUUAUGUCAAGUAAUAGGUAUAUGCGAGAUACAUUUGCCUGCCUUAAGGUGAGGAUGCAUUUAUUAUUAAUUACUCGUGUGUUUGUUUACGUAGAUAAUUCAUUAUGUAAUAAAGAGAUGGGCUUCCAAGUUGUAUAUCGGAUAAGAUUGGGCGUAAUAUAUUAUAAAUAUACGUUUAAUAAUAUUAUUUAUAUGAAUUCAUUAAAAUGUAACGUAUUUUUGUAUUUUUUAUUCAUACUUAUAUACAUUUACGUAAUUAAAUUUGGUUAUCAAAUUACAGAUAUAAUAAUAAAUUUCAUUGUAUUCGUAAACAAUUGAAGAAAUCUGCUCAUAACAUAUAUGGUAGUUGAAUUUCCAUACAUUUGUGAAAGAGUUGAACAAUAGCCUACUGGCAAAACCACGGAUAGAAAUAGUGCAUGAAGCGAAAACAAACAUCAUACAAUUGAUCAUUUUAACAUGUUUGUAUUAAUUUAGUGUUAUUGUGCCGCAAAUAAAUGCUUUAUAUGUUAUAAUUUGAAAA